UUUGAAAGCUGCACUUGCUCGCGAAUCUCUCCGCACAAGAAUCGCCUGCAUAUUAUAGCUUUUUCUGGACAUACGCGACAGAAAGAAGGGAUAUUUAAUAGAGUGAAAAACUCUUGCAUUUGAGGAUUUGCAAGUUACCAGUGAGAAUUUAAUCAGCGGUGAAUAAUAAAGUGUAUGUGAACUGGCGAUAGAAGUGACCUUGCUGAUAAAGUCUUGGAGAGCAUAAAAAUUGACUAAAACUAAUAGAAAUUGUAAUCAUACAUGUGAAACUGUAUUGUGAAGUCAUUUGAAGUGAUAUAUGGCUGGGUUGACAAUAUUUCUCGCGAAAGUCACUUCCGCGAAGACACUGCAUGAAUAUAUUGCAGAUUCUCCGUGAUAUUGACUGCAAGGGAGCUUUUAUUGAACUUGGCAUUUGACUAUGGCACCCUUCAAGGCCUCAGAAAUAUUGGCUUUGUCCUGGAAACAGUUACUAAAAUCCACUGAAUAAAAACUUUGGUAUACUUUUAGUAGAGCAAAAAAUAGAGAGAAAAACGCCAAAAACUAGGAAAUAGACAAUCUAGAGAGCUUAUUGAUGCUCUAAAGGCUGCAAAAUGUUAACCGGGCAUCAUGUGCAAUUUGUAUUCAAAUGAAAAGUGAAAAGGCAAAAUGGCCGCCCGGAAAAUGCGAGUGAGAACCGGUAAAAGAUCGCUGGCUGCAGCAGUUUUCAUCAGGAUUUCCUACUGAGAGGAUUGGGAGGCGUUCUUGUGAAAAUGUGUCUAUUAUUGAGCAAUAUACUGACUUUCAGCGCCACUUACCAUCACUCAAGCUCAAAGAGUUGAAUUCUUUUUCGCAAUUUACAAAGGGAAAAAUUGCCAGCAGUGAGAAAAGCAAAUUUCAAAAGAGAAAUUGCCACCCCCUUUCCAAAAAUCCAAGAUGGAGAGCGAGUACGAAUAUGAAGAGCUGCACCCGGGCUUUACAGUUGAGCUUCUACCGCCGGUGAUCAUGAGCGGUUCUGUGAUAGUAUCCGCCAAGGGUUGUCCAACUGGUCCUACCAUUCCUCCCGAGAAUAUGGACGUAUCCAGUCCCUCGCGAAGUCCGACGCCGGGCGGUAGCCAGCAGCAGAGCCAGGAGUAUGACGUCACACGGAUGCGUGAGGAUGACUUUGAACGUUUGGCAGUCUACAUUGUGCCCGACGUACCCUGUGAACGGGGCGUGGCUAACCGAGCGGAGAAAACCCUACCGCGAAGUCUCACGCUCAAACCAUCCUUAGUCCUAUCAACACCAAAUGUGCCGACUGAAGGUGUUUGGAGUACCGGCGUUAUUCCAAGGGGAACAAGGUUCGGACCCUUCGAGGGUGUUCCUACCCCUAACUUUCCCAGCGACAAGAGGUCCUGGCGGUACUUCUGGAGAGUGGAGGGUACAACACAUGUUACAUAUGGGAAUAUUAAGAUAUUCAAAGAUGCUGAGUUCUACUAUCUGGACGGAUCGGACACGAGUCACGCCAAUUGGAUGCGAUACGUAGCGUCGGCGUACAGCUUGUCUGUGAUGAAUCUGGUAGCGUGUCAGCAUCAGGAGCACAUUUACUUCUACACAAUUCGUGAUAUCAUGCCUAAUGAAGAGCUAAUGGUGUGGUAUUGCCGUGAUUUUGCUAAGAGACUGGGCUACGACGUUGACCCGGAACGCGCGACGUACAGUAUAUGCAAGGAAGAGACAAUGAAAAAGGCGUACGGGAUGCAAGCGGCACCCAUCCAUCCGGAGAUUGCCUACAAUCACAUGAAGUUCGUCAUGGGCUUUCACAUUCCUCGACGUACCCCCACGCCGAGUCCGUCGCCGCCACCCACCGCCCAGCGUCAGCAUCAGACCGUAGUGCAUUUAAGGGCGGAGGUGACGACUGCGAGGGAGCAAUCGCCACUGAGAGAGGGUUGCAAGGAGAAGGACGCCGAGUCGCCGGUGAGCCAGGUGAGCAAGGACACAACCUAUGAACACCAGCUCACGCCGACUGACGGGUCGGUGAGAUCGGAUGAAGGAUACCACAGCAAUGGGUAUCACGACGAUGGAUUCACACCACCUGAGGACUCGAGCGAUAGCGAGAGUGAGAACAAUUACGUGUUAGACUGCUCAAAGAAGACUCAUGCUCCGAAGGAGACCACCGUGAUCACUCUGAAGGCUGAAGUGGCUGAUAAGAAUGAAUAUAGGAAAGUGAAGAUGAAAAUGCCGCUCAAAUAUGAGUUUAAAAAUAGUAAGAACAUCAAAUUGGCUGAGGAGAAGGAGACACCCAAGGAAGUGACAGUAGAAAAGAUCGCAAGUCCGAAGAGGGUUGUCAGUCCAGCCACCAGUACGGUGAUUGUUCUGGACUCCACACCGCAUGCCGUUGUACCUAUAAUGAAGCCCUUUUACGAAGCCGAGACGACUUCGCCACCCCCACCGGCCACGUACAUGAGAUACACACCACCUAGCUCUAGCAUUUUGGAGACUAUCCUCACCGGUAGCCGACCGGACGAGGUCAGGCGGCAGCCGAAUGCCACCCCACCACCCACCUCGCCCACUGAAAUGGCGUACUCGUACAAAAAGUCUCAAAGGUACGGCAACGCCUGCAGUCCAGACUCCAGUUCGAAUUUGCAGAGUCCGAUCGCAGUUACGCAGAUCACGUCUGCAGCACAGACACCUCGAUUUACGACGGUAACGCAGAAGGAACCUUCGCCGCAGCCUUCAACGCUGAUAUAUUCGGCGGUUCCCGUUCCAACGACCUGCAAUGAAAGCUCUAGGUCCCCGACCUACACCUACGGCAUCUACUCGAGCGCGGGAAGUAAUGUGAUCACGCACACACCGUCGUCCUCGUACUCACCGCACGAGGGUCAGUACGAGAGGUUAGGCAGCCACUCCUUAGCCUCCUCCCCUGGUCUGAUCACCCUCCAAAACGGGAAUCAGAUACAACUGUCCCAUCACCUGAUGACCCCUCUGACCCCCCUCCAGAGACUAUCCCCUCAUCGGGUCUCCCCGCCCUGCAGCAUAAGUCCCGACGGGAUGUCGUGCACUCGAAGCGGCAGUCCUUUGAGUCCCAAUUCGGCCGGCUCUCGAGGAUACCGCAGCCUCCCUUACCCGCUGAAAAAGAAGGACGGCAAGAUGCACUACGAGUGUAACGUGUGCUGUAAAACCUUCGGCCAACUAUCAAACCUAAAGGUCCACUUGAGGACACACUCAGGAGAGCGGCCGUUUAAGUGCAACGUGUGCACCAAGUCCUUCACUCAACUUGCCCAUCUACAGAAGCAUCAUCUGGUGCACACUGGUGAGAAGCCCCACCAAUGUGAUAUUUGCAAGAAGCGAUUCUCUUCCACGUCGAAUCUCAAGACUCACCUGCGCCUGCACAGCGGACAGAAACCCUACGCUUGUGACCUGUGUCCGCAGAAAUUCACUCAGUUUGUUCAUCUUAAGCUGCACAAGCGACUACACACCAACGAUCGGCCGUACGUGUGCCAGGGCUGCGACAAGAAGUACAUAAGUGCGUCCGGAUUGCGAACGCACUGGAAGACGACGAGCUGCAAGCCCAAUAAUAUCGAGGAAGAGUUAGCACUGGCCGCCGCCGCAACUUCAGAAUGUUUCGCGGGCGCACCUGAGAAGGAUCACGGCGAACCGCUGCAGCAUGAGAUGUACGAGAUGCACCACGUGAGCGGCCAUACGCACCUGAGGCACAUUGGACAACCGCCGCCCACACUCAUCACCAUCGCCAGCUCCCCGCACCAUCAGAAUCCAGCGCAAGUCACGCAGAUGCGGAACCACGUGCCCGGACUACAACAGAGCGUUCCGGGGUCACCCGGUUCAAAGAUCGUGACCCUCACGAAGGAUGGGGCCACGACCAUCCAGCAGGGGCCGCAUUACAGUCACGCGCAGAACGGAGACUCUAGGCCCAGUGUAAUUGAGUCCAGUCAGCCCCUUAUCAUUGAGUGCACAUAGGACAGACUCAUCCAAAUAGAUAUCAGUAAUUACUAAUUAGUCACUGUAUUGAAUGUGAAGAGCAACUAAUUAGGAAUAUGGAUAUUCUGACUGAUUAGAUUAAUGCUAUGAAGAACAUCUUAUUGGAGAAAAUACUGUAACAUAAGACUCAUUCACUCUAAACCACUUGACUGAUGGUUGGGGUUAUGUACAUAUAUUCAAUGAAAAUUUCAUGUAUUUAGAACCACAAAAUCAUCACAAUUUCUGGAGCUCAACAAGCUGAGAUACUUCUGGAAAUGUAGGCUUUUCAUUAAGAAAAAUGAGACAUUUUCUCGAAACAUUAGAAAGCUGAAUUUGGAGCAAGGUUUUAGAAGGUAUCAGGCGCAAGAUCAAAAGAAAAGUUUGUAUCACAAACUAGAUUUGCUGCCUUUGGGAACAUUUAUUUUCAGAAAAAAGCACAAAUAGCAAUUUCUGGUGAAGCCUAAACUUCCUGAGUAUAUCGAAGAGUUGGGGUAACGAAAAUAAUGUGAAUAAAUCUGUACUUACCCCUAUAAGCACCUAUGAUAAAUGUACUGUAAUAUCAUCCGAAAGUUCCACUGUAAUUUCUGUUACAUUUGUACACCUCCAUGUUUCCUAUAAUAAAAAUGUCCUAUAAAUCUCACUGGUAGGAUUUAGAUAAGAGAUGUAAAUAAAUUAUGUAGAUGAAUAGCGUAAAGAUCUGAAAAUAUAGCGCACUGUAAAUGUAAAGUGUAAUGAAAAAUGAAUUUCUUCCAAAAAGUAAACAAUAUUAAUACUUUUAUUUUAUGUUCUAUAUUUCUUCCACUUGAUUUUCUCUUUUACUUUCUGUGUCAUUUCUGAUGGAGUAUUACAAAAAAAACAAAUUAAAUACUAAUUAGUAUGUAAGAAGACCCUUUCUAUUUAUUGAAACUUUACCGUAUAGUGUAAACAGAAUAUAUUUAUAUGCUCUUUGUAUUUUUUCAUAAGUAAGAAUGGAUAUAAAUUAAGUGAACUACUCUAUGCAUUAUGUCAUGCAUAUACACACAUAAUAAUAAACUAUUAAAGAAAAAUGAUAAAUGUCAUAGAAAGAUUUACAAUAUUUCCACACAAACAAUGAAGGAGAGAAGAAAUCCUUUUAAGGUAAAGAAGAAAACUAUAUAUAAAAAGAAGUAAUAUGGAGAAAUAUAAAUAAUUACAUCAAAAAAUUAGCUGAAGAUCGGUGCUUAACCUGCAAUAUUUAGGGUUUUCUAUAAUAUAGUAAAUAUAUUAAAUGUAGUAUUUAAAGUGGACAAAGAUCAAUGGCAUAAAAGUUGAUGGAUAUUGUGUAUAAUAUAGUUAAAAUAUGAGAGGAAACUUAAUUCAGAUGAAACAGAUUUUCUAUAAAUAAUUGUAUUUCUGUGGCCAAAAACAACAGGUAUAAAAUUUCUUAUACGACAUACUUAAAUGUAAAAUUUAUUGUUUCCGUCGUGCUCGUCAUCUUUAGGGCCAUAGGCAAGAAAAUACUGCAAUAAAGUGGCAGACUUAUACUCGAAAUCUAACUAAAUUUCUGAUGUGCAAAUUUAUAAAAGAAGAGAUUUGACAGCAUCUGAAAGUGUCAAAGUAUCAUGAAAUCUUUGCACUUUAUUAGUAAUUCCUCUGCAUGCAAGUCACCAAAAUUUUUUCCUCUUAUAAUUUUAAUUUCAUCCUCCCUUGAAUUGAUAAAGACAAUAAGUGUUUUCUUCCCACCGAUAUUUUCUGAAUUUCUCCUUGUGUUCGUUUUGAAUCCUGACUAAAAGAAGAUUAAAAGGAGUUUUUGGCAUUAGUCAAGAUAAGAGUAGACAAUUUUCCUCAUUUUAAUUGUCAUUUGAGGCUAUAUAAGUGUAUAUUUAUUAUUAGUUAUCAUUUUCUCAUUUUUGUAGCAUUUUUUUUUGUUUCUACUUUGUUCAAAAGCGAAAACAUGUUUAUGUAAUUAAUGAUUUCACCAACGAAUUUCAUUAUGUAUGUACCGUGUACACAGGAACAUAUUCUUCUUGACAAAAUUCUUUAUGAGAUAAAUGGAAUCACAGUUUUCCCCUCCCUCAGAUAUUCUUUCCCAAAGUAUCCCAAUCUUGUGUUGCAUAAAUGUUUUAUAGAAUUACAUUUUAGUAUGACAAUAUUUAUACGAUUGAUGAGAAGGAAUAAAAUAUCAAAGAUGUACUGUGUAUUGUAAUUAUUGGAAUCAUUUAUUGUACAAAAUGAACUCUAGGAUCGCUUUCGCACAAUGUAUAAAAAAAAUAUUUUGCUGCUCGAUCAUUGGAAAAAUUAUUUUAGGUCGCCUCGUGGGCAUGUUUAUGCUCGAAAUGGAAACAUUUAAAAAUACUAAUUACCGUCCCAAACCGAAAUCUGAAACUUCAAUACCGUUCAGCAUACCUAUAUUGAACCAAGCUACACAAUUUGAGAAAACAGGACGGUUUUCGAAAGGAAUGGGUAUUUCGAGAAUCACAACUAAGGAACACUCUUAAGCAAUCCAAUACCUUUUUAAAGCCGUAUUUGGUAAAAACAAUUAUAGAAAUAGGAGGCAAAUCAACGAGAGAAAUGCGAAGGUAACGCAUCCAAAAUUGAUGUUUCUCGCAAUAUAUUUUGAUUACAAUUAUUGAAUGAGAUUCUUCACACAAAUUACAUCAGGCGCAAUUUGUGUUCCUAUACUUUAUUUACUUCGCAACUGAAUAUACGUAGUUAGUGAAAAUAAAAGACUGGUGCCUUUUGUCCACUACGAAAAUAUUAUUUUGAACUGAAUAGCUCUACAAACUUAAACUUACCUAUAGCAAGAUAUUCAAUCUAUCAAACUAUUUAUGUGUAAAAUAAUAAUCUUUGUAAUAUUGUAUGUUCCAAAGCAAUAAUCAAUAAUAAAUCUAUCGUGUAAAAGAAUAAUUUGAAAUUUUUGUGUUUUUUCUACCUCCAAAUAUACGGUGUGAAGUUGAAUAUGAAUGAAUAUUUUGGCGGAAAGCAACCAAGCGCCACCUGACGGAAUUUAAGUUAGAUAAGCGGUGUUCAUUUCUACAUUUUGUUUUGUUAUUGUUCAGCAAAAAAUGAUCUAUUCCUGAGAAUGCGGACUACACAACACUUUUGAUUACAUUGGUUCAUUACCUGUG